GGAUCAUCGUUAUUUUUGUUAUUUUUAAAUAUUCGAGAUGAUUUCUUGAUAGUUUAAGCAUGAAAAAGAGCGGGGACCCGUUUGGUCGCCCAGCGACCAAGGGACGCUCAACUCCAAUGUCUUUAGGCAAAAGUCAAGCCUCUAAAACGGGCAGAGGCUCAAAGCUUUCAACCCUCACCUCAAGUGCAACAGAUGAGGAUUUUUACAGCAGUUUAGCUGAUAUGGCAGGUGACAACUUUCAUGAUGAUGAUGAGGAAGAAUCAAUGACAGAACUGGAUGCCAAGAACCUUGCAGAUACCCUUGAGGGAAUGGAUGAUUUGGAUUCUGACUUGUUUGGGGAUUCUCUUAGAAGAAAAACGUCCACAAAGAAUGUGUCAAAUACAAAACCUACUACAACUUCUACACCUAGUAAAAACAAGCUGAGCAACACAGCAACAUCUGAAAAACAAGAUAAAACUGAGACAAGAGAUGAUACUACAAGAAAGACUGCAGAGAAAAGGGGAAGCAGUUCAUCACCAACUGGAAAGAAGUUCAGUCUCAACAAAUAUGAUAAUCUUGAUUUUGAUGAAGAUGACCCAUUAGCUGGUCUGCUCUCUGAUGAUGAAGAUGCAGCCACUAAAUCCAAAGCCAAGAAGAAGACAGCAGCUGCUAAGAAAACUCCUGUGAAAAAAGAACCAGAACCAGUAGCUGUAUCGGCAGAAUUAGAAAGGCCCACAACAUCUAGAAGCCAACAACGGCAAGAAAGUCAGUCAUUAGAUCUUCAAUCACCACCUCUAUCCCCUAACACUAAGACACAAAACAGACAAGAAACAGCAAGUCCGAAGUCUGUCAAGUUUAGUGACAGAAUUUCAUCUCCUACAGAAUCCCAAGAUGGUUCCUUAGCUGCAUCACCUAGACCCAAAGGUCGGCAGUCCCAAUCCAAACCAAAGAAUGAUGUAAGUUUUGAUGAUGAUGGUGAUGAUCUUCUUCCUGGUAUUGACCAAAGCCCAAGACAGACACCCAGUUCAAGGCAAACAAGUGUCGGCCAGACACCUAGUACCAGACAGACAUCAGGGACUCCUGGCAGGAGACGAGAACAAAAGACAGACAGCGAUCUGUUUGGUGAGGACGAUGGUUUGCUUGGUUUGGAUGAGGGUAAACCUACAGCAAAACAAACCAACACAAAAGCCUCAAGAUUUGACGAGCUUCUUGGAGGAAAGAAAGAAAAAAUUGAGCCCAAGCCACAAAAACCCAAGACACUGGAUGACUUUAUGUCCAAUAUCAGCACCAGCAGCGGCAAGAAAUCAACUGAAACACAGCCUAAAAAAGCUCUCAGCUCUAAAGAAGAAGAAGAAUCCUUCCAGUUUGGUAGCUACACCCCUUCAGCUGCUAUAGGUCCUGGUGGUCCAGGAUCCAGACCAGACACUGCACCUGGUAGAAGAUCUGUAAGGUUUGCAGAUGAGCUGGGCUUGGAUGAUGAUCUUUUAGGUGGAGCAUCUAGGCCUUCGACAGCACCCCCUGAGAGAAAACAGGCAACCCAGGGAAAGGGACGAAGGGGAAUGAAGGAUUCAGGGGGGUCAUCCUUUGAUGAGGACUCUACUCAAAAAGAACCUCACAAGAAAGAAGCAACACCUGGUUCUGACUGGCUGGGUCUUGGCAGUGAAGACCCUGGACUAGAACUAGAACUUCCUUCCUACAAACCCUCAACUCCAUCCAAAACUGUCCCCAAAAAAACAAAGACAGAAGAUGCAGCUGCUCAACAGAAACCCAUACAAGAUUCUACUGGACGAAGAAACAGAGGACAGGACAGUUCUGAUGGUGAUGACUUUCUCAAGAUGUUAGGAAUCACUCCAGAUGAUAAAACACCAAAGUCACCUCUGGACGGCAGUCCCCGAAGAGGAAGGAGAUGGCGUGACCAGUCUUCCCAGGAGGAAGAUCCUCUGGAUUUGUCCUCAUCUUUAACUGAUGAAAUGAAACCAUCACCAGUUGUUCAUCAAAAAGCGCAGCCGACAGGCUCAAGUGACGUGCCAACACGCUCUGAUUCUCCUGGGCGCGACCAAGUAUUGCGUGACCAAAAACUAGAAACUCCUAAAACGACUGCGUUACCUCAACAUGGUUUGCGUGACCAAAGUUUAGAGAUUUCGAGAACAUCUGCGAUUCCUGAACGAGAACAAGAAACUUCGAAACCAACUCCGUUAAUUUAUCAAGGAAUGCGUGACCAGAUACCAGAUGUCACGUCAAAACAUGCGUUACCGUUGCAUAAAGAUGUUCCGUCACUACAUUUCCAAUCCAACCAGCAUCCAUCUCAAACGUCGAUCAGUACUCCUUCAAGUCCUUACCUACAACAAGGACAACUCCAGUUGACCAAUCAGAUGCAAGUACAUUCUCCUCAAGGACAACCCACUACUCAGUACCAUACCCCUUCCAACUAUAUACCUCAGGGAUCCCGUUUAAUCACAGGUGAUAAGGCACAGUUAGAAAGCGAGAUGCACGAGAUAAUGAAAAGAAUACACGAAAUGGAAGGGAAUACGCAGAGACAGCAGAUCGAUGGAGCAGGAUAUGUAGCACAACUUGAAGCAAAGGUUCGACGUCUAGAGAUGGAGAUAGACCAUCUACAGACUACCUUAAACUCCAUGAAGACUCGUCACCACACUGAGAUGGCAAAUAUCGAUACCUCUAACAAAGCGCACAUCAAGACACUUGAAGAAUCUUACCAGCUUCGUGAGACUCGCAUCAAAGAAGAGACAGACUUACAAGUGAGUCAUUACAAGGAUCGAAUACGAGCCUUGGAGGAAGAGAAGAGCACCAUGCAAGCAGCGCACUUGAGGAAGGUGCAGUCGUUAGAAUCUUCACGGAACAUCGACUUGGACAGGAUAAAGGAGCUUCAUCGUAAAGGUGUUGAAGAGAUGAGACAGGAACACGAAGAAGAGAUGGCGCAUCUGAGGAAACUCAAGGAACAGGAGGUCAGUGCUGCCACCAGUGCGCACGGCCACACCAAGUCGCUCCAGUCUCUCAUGCAACAAGUUCUCAACUCGACCAAGGAUGUCAGUGACAUGAGAACCCAGAUCGAGACCACUCAUAAAUCAAACAUAUCCGAGAGGGAACUGGCGGCUAAAGCACGUGACGAGUACCUGACGCAUCUUCAGGAAAGACUGGCGAAGCAACAGGCAGAGAAUGACGAGGAACGAGCGAGACUACAGGGUCUUAUCGCAAAGAUGGAAGUCCACAUGAGAGAACAGAGUCGUCAGGUGGACCAGGAGCGAUGGCGACUGACACAAGAAGAUUCGCGCAUCAAAGCCCUUCAGUCCGCAUUAGAAGACGAGCGUCGAAUCACCAUGGAACAACUAGCGAUGGAGCGAGCAGACGUACAACGAGCCAGAGAAGAACUCCUUCGAGAACAGAAACGAAUAACAACAGAAUUACAAGAAGAACGAAGGAACAUUUCCAUGGAAAGAGCUCGGCUUUCCUCAGCUCACAGAGAAAUCUUAACGAAAGAGAAACAUAAGACUGAUACUACAAUACAGGCUGAAGCGGAAAUGGAAAUCACCGCAUCAAAAAUCAAGGAAGAUGCCGCAGCACUGGGUGUGAGACAGGCUCAACUGAAGCAGGAAGAGGAUGCACUGAGACGAGAGAAGCGCGACUUCAGUUUGCGUCUAGAGAGGUUUGAAGAGGAGAAAGAUAGAAUAGGAAAACUGAGCCUUGAAGUGCAGCGAAGAUCGGAAGAAAUAGGAAAAUUAUGCACAGAAAAUACAAGAGCUCGUGAAGAAGGAGAGGAAGCCUUGGCCCGAGCCGAGAUGCUUCGAAGGGAAACUGAGAACGAGAGAGCCGAACUUGAAAACCGAUUUAUUCUGAUACAGGAAAAAGAAAAACAGCUAGCACAGGAUCGUGUUUCUAUUGCGCAUGAGCGGCGAGUUCUUGAGAUGGACAAGCGCAACGGCAGAUGUAGACAGUGUGAAGGAAAUACCACAGAUAGCCCACUCCUUAUUGCUGACCUUCCAGACGGACGAAUCAGCUCUACUCCCGUCAUAUCGGCAUUAGACUUUGACUGCUUGUCCCAGUCUCCCGGCCGGACACUUGGAACGCCUGACAUUUUACUGAACAGCUUGGAGUUGAAAAGAAAUUUGAGAAAAUGGACGAACGAGAAAGAAAAGGACGAAGAGUUCUUGGAACAGGAAUCACAAUUUCUCAACCAGCUGCGAGGUUCUCGAGGCAAAACAAAAAAGAGACUCUCAGUGACAAGCUAAGCCUGCAUGUAUUCUAGCAUAUAUAUACCUUUAAAUAAUUGUAAAUAGAUAUCUUGAUAUAAUUGAUAUAUUAUUUUUAAAAGAUAUUACAAAUGGUAUAUCUGCUGUUGAGCCACAUUUUUUUAUAUUAGCCCCAGGCUUUUUUUCCUUGUCUUUGUAAUGUCUUGGUGUUAGAUGCAAGGCUACCAGGAAGUUAUAGUAUUUCUUUUAUAUUUUCCUCGUAGCCUUGCAUCUUAGAUAUUUUUUAAAGAGUUCGGCUAUAAUAUACCAACAACUGAAAGUUCUAUAGCCGAUUGCUAUUUUAUUUUCCUACUCAAGCAAUCAUUAAUAUCUUUUUACUCAUAAUUCAAAUGUUGCUAUCUAAAAUGGCGGAUGAAAAUCACGUGAUUAACAUGACAUAGUCACGUGGGYUAGCA